CCAAAGCUCAUUUCUUCUCUAUCAGCAUAAAGCUACCAAAUUAAACAAUUCUGCUUUUUAUAGCUUAGUCUUUAAAGACCAAAACUUUCUCACCUAAAAGUUUUCCUCAAGCAUUGUUAUAUAUCAAACGGGUUAUUUGAAAGCUUGAAAAUGGAAAUGAAGAGGGUCAUGAUGAGCUCUGCAGAGAGAUCAAAGGAGAAGAAGAGAUCAAUAAGUAGAAGAUUGGGGAAGUAUAUGAAGGAACAAAAGGGAAGGAUUUACAUCAUCAGAAGAUGUAUGGUCAUGCUCCUUUGUUCGCAUGAUUGAUUAAAAAACAAAGUUUUAUCAAUGCCAACUCUAAAUGUAUUAUUUUAUGUAUACACGUGUGUGUGUGCAUGUGUGAAUGUGGCUUGUUACGUGCGGGAAAGAUUAGUGCUAGUUUGGGGAGAAAACCGGUUAUUUAUGUUUUUUUUUUGUGAUCUUCGACCGAAUUGUAUAUAUAAUGGCCUCAACCGGUCGAUCGAUG